AUGAUGACGAAGAGGACCAUUCAACUCUUGCUCCUCGCUUGCACAGCGCUCUUGAUUCAUGCAGUAGAGGACGACGGAAGGCACUUGUUGGGUGUGAGAGCUUAUGGAUCGAAUCCAAAUUUCAAAUUGGGUCGAUGUGAAGGAGAUUGUGAUACAGACAACGACUGUUUGAAUGGAAUGAUUUGCUUUCAACGAGGAUCAAACAGGGCGGUUCCAGGAUGCACAGGCGGGGCCCAGGACCGAAGCCGAUCCGACUACUGUAUCCGCAGAUCUGACUUGGGCGGUGGCAGUGCCCCACCCCCGACUCCUUCACCACCACCACCGACUCCAAAUCCACCGCCUCCGACUCCAAACCCACCGCCUCCGACUCCUGCUGCAGGCCGAGGCAACCUGGUAUGCCAUCAACGUAACAAGUAUCAAGGUGUUCCAGGCUGUAGAGGAGGCGAAAGCAAUGGAUCCUACACAGAUUAUUGUGUAUCAAGAGGUGGAGUUGCAGUCGCCACUCCAGUUGCUCCACCAGUAUCUCCUCCAACAAGGCAAGGAAGUGGGCUUGGUGAUUCUAACUACCGCUUUCAGCUUCGACUCUAUUGGCAAAAUGGAUAUACUUGGCAAGAGACUACGCGAGAAACUUGGUGGUGCAUUCAGUGCGCUAGAUGCAACAAAUUUUCGUUGGGCGACGGUCCCAGAGUGGGGUGUCAAGUCACAGGAGACACCGACCGGUCAUGCCGGGCAGGGGACAACCUUUGGAUUCGCAAGUGCAAGGACAGGAGACGUGACUAUCAAUUCAAUGUCAUUAAAAACGCUGGAUCUGGAGAUCAAGUUCGUGUUGAUGGCACCAACUUGUGCCUCUCCACUGUAAACAAUCGCUACCUCGAGUUGAGAAACUGCGAUCGAUCCAGUCCGCGACAAUUGUGGAAGCGAAUUGACAAUAUCAAAAAGUUUGAAUUGAGACCAUAUCAUCAACGAGACUGGAGGCUAAAGGAUGCCAAAUGUAUUUCUCAGCUGCAUCAUCCGAAGGAUAAGGAGUUGGUAGGCUUGCAUCGAUGCCGUACAACCCUUGAUCACGAGACCAUGUAUUGGGAAGAAUACCACGGUUAG